AUGCUCGCGGAGUCGUCCAUGCCAGAGCGACGUCUGUCGCCUGGCCCCUCGCCCAACCUGUCCUCCAACAAUCCCUUCCGCAACAGAGCCACCUCACCCGCCUUCCCCUCUCCCGCCUUCCCCUCGCCCGCCAACCAGUCGGACCGCUCGAGCUCCGCCAGCAGGCCCAUGUCGCGCAACCCCUUCCUGUCCACCUUCGAGGCCGAGUUCAACAAGGAGGCCAAGAAGACGACGGACCUCAUCGACAUGUCGGCCAACAUGAGGGCCUCACCCAAGAAGGCCUCAUUCAACAACGGCUCGGCCGCCGAAGAGCUCUUUAAGAACCUCACAAUCGACGAUGACGACGACAGACGGCGUGCACCGCCACGCCCCAUGCCCAACCGCAGCGGUACCGACCCCCGCGCCGGCCACCGCCCAUCGCGCUCAGACGAGGAGAGGGACAGGCUGCGAGGCGCUCCCCGCGGCCCACCUCGACCCCGCGGCCCUCCCGAGCCUCGCCGGCCCAUGCAGAGCAGCCCCGACCGCCGAGAGCGCCGCCCGCGCAGGAACUCGGACUCGUCCAUCAUCGACAAGGCCGCCCAGGAGAAAGAAGACCGCAGGCGCCGUGAGCGCCGCCGCGAACGAGAGGACCGCGAACGAGACGGCAAAUCCGGCAGCACCGCAAAGAAGGUGCGCAAGCCUCAGGGCCUCGACCUCAUCGACAAGCUUGACGUCACUGGCAUCUACGGACCCAGCAUGAUUCAUCACGACGGGCCCUACGACGCCGUCCAGCCGCACCGCAACCGGAAGAAGGACCAGCGCGCUCCCAUGCACGCCUUCCCCGUGGGCUCGGCGAACAACUCACUCGGUGGCUCGGGGCCUCUGAACGCCAAGAUCGAUCUUGACAGGAUCCACGGCAGAGGCGCAGAGGGCUUUACAGACUUUGGAGGCGCAGAGAGCGAGUGGAAGAAGCCUCGCCCCGAAGGCGAGUUCAGCGCAAAGGGCCGCGAAGAUAUCGUGCACGGCCAGCCGACACACGGCCUGGGCACGUCCACCUUCCUCGAGGGGGCGCCUGCAUCACGCACUGCGGUCGAGCAAGAUUUUGAGCAGAAAAGGGCAAACGAGAUUAACGGUCUGGGACGCAAGAAGUCCAUUGCCCAGCGCUUCCGCGGAAUCUCGCAGCCGAGGCGCCAGUAUGGCGAUGGACCACGCAUUCAAUCCCCCGACGCUCGAUACGGUGGCCCUUCCAGCCCACAGGGCCCCUACAGCGCUGGAUCCCUGGCUCAGAACAAAGCGGCCGAAAUGAAUCCGUUCUUCGAUGAAUACAACAAGGCGUAUGAAAGCAAGGGCGCGGCGAUCAAGACUACAGAUUCUAGCUACAAGGAUGACUCUCCGCCCCGUGUUCCCCUGCACCGCGCAGUAACCACUGACAGCGCAGGAUCGCUGGGUGAGUCGAAGCCCACUGGUUUCCUUGGCCGCAUGAAAAGCAUAAAGGGCGGGCGUAGACGACAAGCUUGA